CAAGGACCUGGAUAGCCAGUGAUGCGUGGUCCAGGAGUGGGUCCCUGGCCCAGAUGGAUGGUAUUAAUAGGGUUGGAGACAUCUUAGGCUUCACCUUUGUUGCAGGCAAGASUGAAUCAUUUGAUAAUUAUCUGAAGAAUCUUUCAKYAACCCCAGGAGGAUACAACCACUUCACYGAAGAGUACAAGARCCUGAGAUUCAACUGUUCUMCUGAAUGUUUUCUCACAGCUCUGGACAMGARUGAAACAUUCCUCCAUAGAGUUGCAGUGUGGGCCACAGCAAAUGCUCUCAAAAAGCUACUGAAGUGCAACAGCUCCUCAUGCUCAGGAGAUAUAAACUUUGCACCAUGGGAGCUUCUCAGGGAACUGAAGGAGGUUGAGUUCACGUACGACAACAUGAAUUUUCACUUCAACAUAAAUGAUGAUUCUACCAAUGGAUAUGACCUCCUCAGAUGGGAAAUGUUUGGGCAACACAGAAGAUUUUUAAAAAGUGGGACAUACCAGGUCCUUAAUGWACAAGUAGAAUUUGAUGGUGAAGAUUUCACUUGGUAUUCGACUGGCAAUAUCACG